GGGGCAGGAUGAGCGCUCCUUUCCAAGAUGGCGGCGGAGGGAGGAGGGAAGGAGAUGAACGAGAUUAAGACCCAGUUCACCACCCGGGAGGGGCUGUACAAGCUGCUGAGCCACUCGGAGUACAGCCGGCCCAACCGCGUGCCCUUCAACUCGCAGGGCUCCAACCCCGUCCGUGUCUCCUUCGUCAACGUCAACGACCAGAGCGGCAACGGGGACCGGCUCUGCUUCAAUGUGGGCCGAGAGCUCUACUUCUACAUCUACAAGGGGGUCCGCAAGGCUGCGGACUUGAGUAAACCAAUAGACAAAAGGAUAUACAAAGGAACACAGCCUACAUGCCAUGACUUCAAUCACUUAACAGCCACAGCAGAAAGUGUGUCUCUUCUAGUGGGCUUCUCCGCAGGCCAGGUCCAGCUUAUAGACCCUAUUAAAAAAGAAACUAGCAAAUUAUUUAAUGAGGAAAGACUAAUAGACAAGUCCAGAGUAACCUGUGUAAAAUGGGUACCGGGUUCGGAAAGCCUUUUCCUAGUAGCUCAUUCCAGUGGCAAUAUGUACUUGUAUAACGUGGAGCACACUUGUGGUACCACAGCCCCGCACUACCAGCUACUUAAACAAGGAGAGAGUUUUGCAGUGCACACUUGCAAGAGUAAAUCCACAAGAAACCCUCUGCUUAAAUGGACAGUAGGUGAGGGUGCCCUGAAUGAAUUUGCCUUUUCCCCUGAUGGGAAGUUCUUGGCGUGCGUGAGCCAGGAUGGUUUUCUUCGCGUGUUUAACUUUGAUUCGGUGGAAUUGCAUGGUACAAUGAAAAGCUACUUUGGAGGACUGCUGUGUGUGUGUUGGAGUCCCGAUGGGAAGUACAUAGUGACAGGCGGAGAGGAUGACUUGGUGACAGUUUGGUCUUUCGUGGACUGUCGAGUCAUAGCGAGAGGCCACGGACACAAAUCGUGGGUCAGUGUCGUUGCGUUCGAUCCAUAUACCACUAGUGUAGAAGAGAGUGACCCGAUGGAAUUUAGCGGAAGUGAUGAGGAUUUCCAAGACCUCCAUUUUGGCAGAGAUCGAGCCAAUAGCACGCAAUCUAGAUUAUCCAAAAGGAACUCUACAGACAGUCGUCCAGUAAGUGUUACAUAUAGAUUUGGUUCAGUAGGCCAGGACACACAGCUCUGUUUGUGGGAUCUUACAGAAGAUAUCCUCUUCCCCCACCAACCUCUCUCAAGAGCAAGGACACAUACAAAUGUCAUGAAUGCCACAAGUCCACCUGCAGGAAGUGGUGGAACUAACCCGGGAAGUAAUGGAAACAGUAUCACAACACCUGGAAACUCUGUACCCCCUCCUCUUCCGCGAUCAAACAGCCUUCCACACUCUGCAGUCUCAAAUGCUGGCAGUAAAAGCAGUGUCAUGGAUGGUGCCAUUGCUUCUGGCGUUAGUAAAUUUGCAACCUUAUCGCUACAUGAUCGGAAGGAAAGACACCAUGAAAAAGAUCACAAGAGAAACCAUAGCAUGGGACAUAUAUCUAGCAAGAGCAGUGACAAACUGAACCUAGUUACUAAAACCAAAACGGACCCAGCUAAAACUUUGGGAACACCUCUCUGUCCCCGAAUGGAAGAUGUUCCCUUGUUAGAGCCUCUUAUCUGUAAAAAGAUAGCACAUGAAAGACUGACUGUGUUAAUUUUUCUUGAAGACUGUAUAGUCACUGCUUGUCAGGAGGGAUUUAUUUGCACAUGGGCAAGGCCUGGUAAAGUGAGAUAAAGUAUGCAGUACCAAAAAUCAGGAUUUAUGUAUUGGCCAAUAUGGAAAACUUUAAUUACAGGUAAGUAAUUUUCAUGCUGAAGUUAUCACUUUCAAAAUUAAUAUAUUGCACACUGAUGUAAAUGCCAUAUUGUUUAGGAUGUAUUUACUUAGAAAUUUUCAAAUUAAUUUGUUUUUCUGAUUUCACUUGCAUUUCUAGUGAGCUCACUCUGCUGGUAAAAACUAAAUUUUGAGGGCAUGUUUACAGGGCUUUGAUAAGAAAAUACUUGUGCCAGAAGGACGUUAUGAGCAUCCUUUUUGUUUAUAGGAAAGCACUUAAUUUUAUUUAAUGAGAAUUGUCAAAGUAUAAAACACUCAUGGUGAUGUCUUUCUUACUGGGUUAUAUACCAUCAUUUCUGUUUCACCAGCUGCUUUAUCGUAGGCUGUCCCAUUACUCUGGGGUUUAAAGUUGCUAUUUCUAGUCUUCCUUUGAAAUAUGGGUCCCCAAAUGAUCUUAAAACUCCAUCACUUAUUUGUCUACCAGCUCUAUAGAGAGAAAGCCUCUGAGUCUUGCUGCUGUUUCCAUCAUUGCCUUCAAAAGGCCUUCAAUAAAUUGAUGCCACUGCCAGCCUAAAGAAAGAAUUGGAUGGAAAAGUGAAGGAGGCUUGCGGUGUCUAAUGUAAUUCCCAUUGAACCUACCUUUCCCUUUCAUGUCCAAUAUCCAUCAAAAGACAUGUUGGAUAAUUGGACAGUGUAUGACAAGUUCUGUUUAUUUUUCUGGUUGGGCUGGUGCUGCCCUGAGUGGAAAAUAAAUCCAGAAGUGUCUCUUCAGCCAUGAUCCUUAUGGUAGUUGAUAGGCUGUACAGUGCUGACAGUGUCCUGGCAGUUUGUUUCUAUACUUUCCAAAUUACUGCUUCUGUGUGUCCAAAAUCAUACCUUGAGCUUCCUCACGGGAUGUACCGUUCUUGCACUGCACUUCCAGAACUGCUGUGUGAAAUCCCAGUCAGUGAGGCAAAGUGAAUGGCAAAAUUCAAUUAGAAGCAAGUUGGAUGAGGCUCAGGGUUCACUAGUUUCAAUUUUUUAGUCUUAUUUUUUGUUAGCCCGUUUCUGUGGAAUAAGGUUCAGGUGGUGAGAAAAAUAGGUUGCCUUAACAAGAGUAUGAACUUUUCUUCUCAGCGUGGUGACAAUGAGCUGUCAUCUCUCACCCCUGCCUUUCCCAGGCCCUGAUAGGAAACCUAAAUGGGAUUACAGAACUCUUGGAUUAAUCUGAAAACAUAGCAAAAGUAUUUUAAAGGAACCAAGGUAAACUUUAUGGGCUCUCUUUAUAGCUAAUUCAGACUGAAUUACAGGAUCUGCAGAAGCAGUUAAAAAACCCCAACAAAACUCCCAAAAAACCAAAGUGGUACCUGGAUAUGCAAAACAGCUUUUUUCCGAAUUUAGUGGUCAGAGGCACUACCUGUGUGAUUCCCGUGUUUGACUUUAGAACUGACUAUUCACCGUCUUUGCAGCGACUCCAUUUUACGUGAAUGAAAGUUGCUGAUGAGUUUCCUGUGUGAGAAAGCUCGAGGUAAGAUUGGCCAGAAGCACCCCCAGGUGAAAUGGCAGUGUAUAACCUAGCAAGAGAAACAUGCUACCACUUUGUAAAACAAAUGCACAUGGGAUUUAUUUAUUUGACUUAUUGUACAGGAAAACUUAGACUUAAAUUAUAACAUCCUUGAAUUUUCUAGUUAACUACAAUUGUAGUACAGUAUCAUGUUUUAGUAUGACUUCUGUUUUAGUGAAAGUACUUAAACAUUCAUGUACUAUAUUUGAGUGAGAUGAGCAGCUAUACAUACUAAUUCUUCCUCAAUGGAAAGGAGCAUUUCAUCAUUACAAUUGAAGUUCAAUUGCUGGUAUUUAAGUACUAUCAAAUAGAUUUCUUUCAACGUGAUACGGUAUCUGUAUAAACUUCAGGGAUGAUUAUAGUAAAACUGAAACACAGCUAUACGACAUCAGGUUACCAUGCUAAAAUUUGAAGCUUUCUGUAAUGUGCAUAAUAGCAAAGUUGCACAUGGCCUACCCCCAUUAUCAGGGUGAAUUAAAGCCUAGUACACUGGUGUGAUAUUUAUAGCAAGGUAUGUGUGUGUGUGUGAGUGAGGAGGUGUGAAUAGUGGCUCCAGUAAAGCCAGGAGAGAUCAUAACCCUGUAAAGGCUUUAUGAUUAGGAUGUCUGGACUAGGAAAUAACAUGACUUUUACUAAACACUUUCUAGAAAACCCAUGUUCUGAAUUAUCACCUCUUAAAAUUGGAGUAUGUACUUGGAAUGACUGUAUAUGUCUGCCCCUUUAACAACAUAAAGCUACUAAAUUAAUAUUUAAAAUGCUGGCCUGCUUAUGUUACAAUAAUAAAAUUUGUGUCAGUUAAUUUACUGUCAAUUUACAUGUAAAGAUUAAACUAUUUUUUCUGCAUUUUAUGAUUCUGUAUACUGGAGUUUGUUAAAGAUUGACAUGUUAGGUGAUACUGUACAAAAUUGUAUUGACUACCUUUAGUGAAAAUCAAAAGUAAAAUUCAUAUGUAUUUCCUUUUUACACUUCCAUCUAAUUUCUUGACAACUUGAAUAAAUUUCAUAGAGCCUUUCUAACAUGAACUAUUGUUAAUUUAACUGUUGCAAUAAUUAAGCUUUAAGAAGUAUUGUUGGUAUAUUUAUAAUUUUAAGAAGAUCAUGUUUGUUUCAUACUGCUUAUUUUUAGCUGUUCUAUUGUCACUGUUACAGCUGAAGAACUUUACUAAAUACUUGACAUUACAAAAUAACUUGCUGGGGUUGUCCUCUGUAUACUGAUGUUAAAUAAAAAUGUGUGAUUGAACUGUAAAUGUAGAUAACUUUCAAUAGUCCUUUCCACAUUUGAGUUUUAAUUUAUCUUGCAGUCUUUAGGUGGUCUUAUGCUAUCACACAGUGCUGAGCAAACGGCCACAAAGAAACUGUUAACUUGCCAUAUUUUAAAGUCAGAAGUUGUUGGCAUCUGUAACUGCUCUGAGUCAAUGUUUCACUUCAUCUCAAGACGAUGCAGAUGUUUUAAUGUUUAAAUCUUGCUGAUAAGGUCAUGUCUUAUGAUAGCUAUUCUUUUAGGACUAGAGUAACAUGUAACAGAAUACUUACCAAACCACUUUUCAAACUUGUUUAAACUCAGAUUCAGUAGAACACAGACACGCAUGUGUUCAGAUUCUCUCUGCCUGUCAGGCAGGAGCUGGGGCAGAGUGUUGUCAUUCCUUCUAGGACUCUACAGGAGCUCUUUCCUCUAAGGACUCUGAUGCAGGCUUUGUUCUUGAUUCCAGCUUUAGAUCUUGGUGUUUACCUAAUGCAUGCUGAAUUUACAGCCCCGAGGAUGUGGCUCAUAGAGCUGAUUCAAGCGAACCAGAAGUAAACUAGUAUAAAACUUUGGCUGCAAAAUUUCUUGGAGUCAAUUUUGUCGAAGACUUAAGAUAUUCUCCUUCCACCUGAGGGACUAGGGAUUGUGUCACCCUUGCAGCAGUGUUUCAAAGGAAUUUUUCAGGAUUUCCAGUGUAAAAAUGAGUUACUUUGGGCCCAGACUGACAGGGAGGAGUGUUGUUUGUCUCUUAUGUAAAAAUACUCUCUAGACUAAAGCUGAGGGAAUCAUCUUUCUUAGGUGAACUUGAGAACUCUGUGGUACUUCAGAAGGUAUUGAUUGACCACUGGAUGGUCUAAACAUAGAACAUAAAUGUAUAUUUAAGAACAGGUGCCAGUAUAGGAACAAAAUGAAAUCUGCUUGAAAGCUUCUGGGAACAUCCAGUUACAUCAAAUGAUGCAAGAACUGCUUGGUCAAACCAGUUUCUCUGAAGUCAGCGUGAGCCUGAAACAAAACCACCUUCCACAGGGUUUGUGGUCAGAGAAGAUUUGGCAAAAAGGUGUCUUGGAACAUGAAGGCGUCAUCUUGCUUGUCUUUAGUAGUGUUGCACAAACUUCUCAAGGAAAUAACUUGUAUGACCAUGUUAUUUUCUGGGUUUUUAAGCUGGAUUUUAGGUAGCUGCUGGUCAACCUUAUCAAAUUCAUUUGCCUCUUUUCUUCUGCUGAGACCACAUUUGCUUUACAGCUAAACCCAGAUGGGUUGCCUUAAGCCACAUGUUUUUCCCUGAAGUUUUCCCUGGUUUAUCUCAAUUUUGUUAUUUUCUAAUCUGAAAAUUUUACACCUUACUGACUUCUGUAGUUUGAGGAAACUAGAGAAACUGUUCCUGAGCAUGUGAGCCUCUGCUACCUAAGUGAAGCUUAAGGUCCUGUUGUUCCAGGCAGGUCAGAUCUCUGCUGGCAAAAGCCUUUUUUUGCCUUUCCCAGCACACAAGUAGUUGCAUCUUAACUUUUUUUUUCCUCUUGGACGUGCCUAUCUUCCGUUCACCAACCAUACAUUAUUCUUGAUGUCAUAUUGCCUAAUACCACUGGACAGAUUUUUAGUUAGUCUGCUUGUUUUCUACCAGCCUUGACUUUGCUUUUUGUUGACAAUGAAUAAAAUGGUGAUACAGGUCUGUUAGGAAAAAACCUCUUUUAUGUACACAGAAGAGGAGUUGCAAGUGAAACCUCGAAGCCACUACAGUCUUUUAUAAGGUCUGGUGUCAAAUGGUUUAAGCAUUUAUACUUUUCUGUAAUGCUGUUAGAGCAAAGGACAAAGGCAAAUGGAAGACAAACAAUAAAUUUAAAAUUCCUUUUAGUGAACGCACAAACUGCGUAAAGAAGGGUAUCAACUUUGCUGAUACAUAAAUCCCAUACAAACUAUUUCUAGCAUGUUAUGUGAAUGUUCAUCAUGUGCUUUCCUGAGCAUUCUCAGUUAAGCAAUUUUAUCUCCAUUAGAGAUUAACAUCUGAUUUAGUGAGUAUAUACAGUUCAGAGACUUUUAUUCAAAUGAAUCAGCAUUUAUUUAACAAGAAACUAUUGGAAAAUUUGUUCAUGCAAAACUUAAAACCAGUUCAGCUGAUUUGACUACAGAAUUUUAAACAAAUGUGAGAAAUCUCAUUCUGUUUUUGGCAUAUUAUUGCUCAAAUACUGUAAUGGAUGUGGGCUCUUUUGUCAAGCAAAGGUCUCAGUCAAGAUUACUUUGCUAAACAAAAUAAGAAUAAACUACCCAUGGAAUAUUUUUCAAAUAAUAAAUUCCCAUUAUUUCAAAUACUGGGAAUAGUACAAAUGGUUUAACAAGUCAGUGCCAUUUUUGUAUGGGCAUUUGUUAAUUCAGCCAUAUUUUAAUUGGUUUAAUUGCAUUAGUGAAGUGUUCUAUGAGACUUUUUUUUUUUUACAUUGGAUUGUUUGUUGCGUUGAACCCUUUGUUUUUAAUACCUUUCAAUUUCAAAACAGAAAGUAGAAAGAGGAGCAGUUUGACAUCCAGCACAUUCCUGAGAGCCAGGGGAGCUGUUUCCCUGAAGGAGUUGCUCCUGUCCAGGGUAAAGGGAGCGUGUGCGAGCUCGUGAAGGAGCACAGAGCACGUGCACUUCCUCUAAACCAUUCAUGUGUCCAAACUUGCCGUUUAUGAUCGCACCUUUGGCUCCAAUUAAAUCUCUUCUAAUUUAAAUGAAGAAAAUAUUAACUCAGGAGUUACUGUUGACUUUUUUCCUACUUAGAAGUAUAAUACUAUCUUCCUGGGUUUUUGUUUUUAAUGCAGCAAUUACACACUGAUCUUUCAUAGAAUUAGUUUCUGCUGUGAAACCUUAUGUUUCAUGUCUUUUGAAAAAAAGCCAGACUUUCGUCUGGAGUGUAUGUGGAAUUUUUAAAAAAAUACCUACCCGUGCAAUCUCCUGAAUGGGGAGGAGGGUUUGUCUUUGCUGCAGGUCCUCAGACCACAGCUCUGAGUGCCCUGAACGUCUGGUGCAAAUGACCCUCCCAAUCCUCUUUGUUGAGGCUUUUCAUUCCUACCCACACAAGCCUGUUUUUACCAGAUAUGCCAAGUCCUGUGUGUUUCAGGAAGUCAGAGAAUGUAUGGACAAACAUGGAUAGCCCCAGCAGCUACUGCUGACACAGCCUCUGUUCAGUACUCAGCGCUAGUGACUGAGGAAAACUGACACCAUCCUCUGAAAGCUUCAUCUGUCAUUUGUCAUCCACAGUGUCCAUUAAGAUGGCAGAUGGGGUAGCACCCACUUGGAGGACCCUCCGAGCUUGAGAUGAACAUUGUUUUAUCUCAUUCCUGCUUUGUAUCUCAUAACUCUUCCAUUUCCCACCCCCUGCUAGAUCCAUGUGCUGACAGACUAUUACUACUACUAAAACACUACAUUUAUUUCCAAAACCUUUUUGAGCAGUCUCUUAAUUUAUCUGUGCUGCUUUCUCAGUGGGCUAUGUUUGUCCCAGAGCCUGAAGCUGCUGCACUGCUCAGCAGAGCUGUGGCUGCCAUGGCUCUGCUCUUCCAUGUUCCUGUCACAGCUGUUCAAUGGGGCAGCUUGGCUGUUGCCCCAGUAAGUUGCUACAGCCUCUGUUCCAUCUUUUCCCACCUCGUUGACCAGACUGGGUGGUUCCAUCACAGCAGGCACUGUGCUCUUGUGGCUUUAUUCUUUAGUUAUAGGUAGGAGCUUUUUAUAUUUUUUCAUAACCUUACCCAUCGUAUUAUUCCAGAGAACACAAUUACAACUGUUCUAGUCCCAUACCCUUUGUAUUACAGACCAGACUCUUAUAGGGGAACUUUUGUAGCAAAAGAAUAAUUUUAUUUGAGCCCUUACUUGCUUUUCUAACAUUGUUUUUAAAGUUUCCUGUUACACCUGACAUAACUUCUUUCAUAGCCUUGCUUGGCUCUGGUAUAAUGGCAAAAUUCUGUACAAUCUUUGUUGUUUCUCAGGAUACAUGAAGAGCUUUCACCAUUUUGGUGAAACUUCUGGCCUAAAAACCAAAUUCAUAUUCUUGCUUUUCUUAUAUGAACAUAUGUCUUUUGAAAUGAAGUACUUGGAAAUGCUCAUAGACUUUCUGGUCUCUCCAGUGGGAGUGAAGUUCUGAAUGGCCAUUGUAGCCUGGUCCCACAUUUUAAGGAAGGACUUGCAAAGUUGUUUUCCAUCUGCAAGAGCAGGAGGAUAUUGAUCUUGAGAUCAUUUCCACAGCAGUGUUCCUCUGGCUUGCCUGCUCAGAGUUGCAGAAUUAAUUCAGAGCAAGGACUGAAAUAGUGGGAGUUCCUAGGACUCACUCAAAGCCAUCUGCACUGCUGCUCUUUAAAGCAGGGAGCAUUCGUGGCCUGGGAGAUGAAACCAGGACUGACUCCACGUUCCUACAUUUGGAACUUGAAUUCCAGGGUGGCUGGUAGUUAUGGAGAAUUAGGCACUGCAUUGAAUUUCAGUAUGUGCUGCCAGUUUCUAGAGGAAUUCUAGGAAAAUGAAUGACUCUUCCUUUUGUUUCCCAAAAACUAGUUGUGUUACAGCAUAAAUCCAAUACUAGGAUAGUGGUUAUUUCUCCCUCUCGCUAGUGUGGUUAUGAGCCUGUUGAAAAAGACUUGAUAUCAUGCCAUCCCUAGUGCUUCCUGUGUGCUUAUAAAGCACAUAUUUGCAUAUGAAUAGUUUGGAUUGCUGAUUUAUUAAAGACUGAAAAUAAUACCUUUGGACGUCUUUUUCCAGGGUACUUGAAAGUUGUUUAGUGGAUGUAAUCUUCUGGCAAGAAAGACCUUCCAGUUGCUGCUGGAUUUAAUAGACUUGUGAAGAAUGCUUCAGUAAUGAACUAGAGAGUUCUGAUUCAUCCUCAUCACUUUCCAACAAAACUUCCUUGGUAAAAAAUUUCAUAAGUGCUUCAGUGGCUUGUUUGCUCUAAAGUUCUGCCUUCUUUCACCAUCUAGUCCUUAACUAAUAACUAAGAAGCUUCUUGUUCUCAUUAAAUAUGCAGUAUCUUUGCACAGCCUGAAUGUCAAGUGCAAAAAACAACCCACUUCAGUCUACCUCAGCAGUGUGAGAAUCACAAAACCCCUGCAUAAACCUGAGUACAAAUAAAAAUAAGUGUCCAAGUUCCUUCAGGUGAGAUCUGUGGAGGGCACCAAAUUAAGUGCCACAUCCUUUAUUAUAAAUAUAUGUUUAUUAUAAAUAUGGAAUGUAUGCACAUCUACACAGAUCCAGAGUCUGCUAUAAAUCCAGCAAACUAUCCAGGUUCAUAACGUGUCUGAACUGGUAGAUCAGAUGGUUUUUUAAAAGGAAGGGCUUUGGUUUUAGUAGAAACUUGAUGACUUGAAUCCAGCCAGUCUGGCUUUCUUUCCACCUCUUCCAUCAGUCAUGGCCUCUCAUUUCUUGGAUCCAAGCAUGAAAGAGCUCCUGUAGAUUCUGAAGAUGGGACAUAAUUCUAACUUGUAUGCUAAUUGUUGCCUGAGCUUGUCUAGUUUGAUGGAUCUGAGUCCCGGGAUCCUAAUUUUGAGGUAAGGACCUAAGAUGGGAGCUGCUUAGGGGAGUUGCUGAAAGUGCAUUUAUCAUGCCUACAUGGUGAGGAGUUGCAUGGGGAUAGUCUCUGGUGUGCUUCCAGCUGCCAGUGCUCCUCAGCCUGCUGGCGCUCGUUAGAACUAAAUAAUGACCUUGAAAGAACGCUAAAUUGUAUUCUGAUAUUACGCUUUUCCUAAAUAAGUCUGAUAAACAGUUACUUCUACAUGAAUGAUUAAAAAGGGGCUACUGUGCACAAAUCUGAAAUGUAGUCUGUCCAUUGGUAUCCACAGGUCUAUCCAUAGGUAUAGUUGCCUUAAUCCAGAGCAGUAGCCCCUGUGUAGCGAGGGGGCCGCGCAGUCGCGGGGCUGUGUCUGAAAUGGAACAGGUCUCUCUUGAUUUGAAUGGCAGGGUGGGUAAAGCAGCUGGUAAAAAGCUUUCCUGAAUGUGAGCUUGAAUUGUCAUGGGAAACUUUUACUGAGCUCUUGUCAGUGUUCCAUUCUCUUUUAAAAUCACCAAAACAAAUAUUUGGUUAGAUUAUGUAUUUUUCUAUUCAAAGCUUGUAAUACUCGAUCACAUAAAAGAGAUGGAGCGUUUCCCUGUCCGGUCAGGUGUCAAACUUGUUGAUAGUGGAAUAGGUUUGUUUGUCACUGCCCUAAUAAAAUGCUGAUCACUUUUUUGGUGUAUGAUUUUUAAAGCUUCACAGUUCACAAUGACUCAAAAGUGCAAGGUAGAUUAAACCAAAUGCUGGGAUCAGAUCCUUUCCGUGUCCUAAACGCACACGUUUUGUUCCCGACUGAGAGCUCUUUGUGUGCUGCUUGGCUGAGACCGUGGUGGCUUAGAGCCUGUGUAGAAGAAGGUGCUGAUGUCUGGAGUAAGCAAGUGGUGGUAAAAAUAAAUUGUACUCAUUGUAGGUUCAGGUUAAGAACUUUAUAAAAUUCAUGUCAGGUUCUCUUGCUGGAUUAAUGUAAACUGCUUUGUUUGCAGGGUUUAUUGUCAUCCCAAAACCAGGCCAAUUCUCCAAGUGGAACUGUAGUAUAGCCAUCACACUACUGCUAGCAAAUCUCUGAACGCAGGACAAGAAGUAAUGACAGUGGAACCAGGAGCUGUUCUUCAGGCAAAGAGCAUCACAAAUUUUAAUGUGGCAGAGUGUAAACAUGGAAUUAUGUGAAUCACAUAGUGACUUGCAAAGGACAAAUGCAAUGGGUUCUCACUACAGCUGAUCCUGGUAGGCUGCUCACCCAAGGAAGAGUUUGCAUUGGAGAAAAAGCAAAAAGCUUCCUUUGGUGCUGCAGGAAAAAGUAGUAACAUAUUUGGUUUUCUUUAUACUUUUCAAGUCCAGUGUAAUUUAAUCUCUCUAUAUAAAUAUAUAAAUAAAAGAUAUAUAUAUAUAUAUAUAGUGUAAAAUAAGAUAUGUUUCUUAAAUUCAAGUAAGUUCAAUGGUUAAACUAGUACUUCACCAUUGUUUAUUUUGCACUGAUUUUUUUAACCAGAGAUGGCUAGAAGACAGCCUGGAAUGCACUCAUGGAAAAUGAAAGUCAUUACUUUCUGGCUUCAAAAUGUUAUUCAGGAAGAUGGAUGCUGCAAUCAUAGAUUUUUUUAAAACAAAAUUGUUUUGCACUUAAAUAGUUUAAUGCUAAUAGAGAAUUACUUUAAAAUUGGUGUUCAGACACCAGAAAAACUAUGUUGUGGAGAAAAGAUCCUUUGUAUCUAUUAAACAUUUAUUUUAAUAUUGUUGUUUUCAACGGCAAUCGGCUCUGUAUUAUAUGUAUAAAUAAUGUAAUUCAGUGAUGGGGGAGGGGAGUAAGGGAUCAUUACACUAGAGAUUCUCAUUCAUUUAAGAAAGUGAUAUUUCUAAUUCAGAAAAUACAUAUUAAACUAUCUUGAAUAUGCAUUUUUGUUUACUUUCUGUUCAAAUUCGAUCACUUUUGAUGUAACCAAUCCUUUGUUGAAUUAAAUGUUUGGUACAGAAAUACUA